AUGAAAUCAAUAAAUUCUGUGUUUGUUUACAUAUCGUUAGCAAUUUCGUUAUGUUCACGCAAUGUUUCCACGUACUGCGGAAAUGAUGAACAGAUCGAAGAUCUACAAACGGCGUUAAUUACACAGGAAUCCAUUUACACGGCAUUGACAACACUGAGCGCACUACCGGUAACCGGUGCGACGUUAGGGUUAGCGCAAGUGAUGCUGUCCGCUCGGUUUACUUUGCAUUUGCAAGAAGCAUUUGAUGAAAUGGAGAAUUCAUUUAUAAGGAUCAUGAAGACUACAGAAAGUGUUCAGAAAUCUUGGAAUUGUCAAAAACAGCAACCACAGUCAUGA